UUAGAACUUUUGACGUCAUUUCAGAACAAUACUACUCGACAACAGCGUUGGUAGCAUUCUCAACUAUAAGGAAAGAACCCUCAGCGAAUUUGAACUCAAUUAGUAUAGCAGCAUCUGAAUCCAGCUGGAAAGCACGUAAACAUUUGCUG